CGGUUCAAAGGGGAUCCGUUAAAAGCGAGCGAGCAGGACGACAGUGAUGCGGCAGCCGAGGCGGGCCCAGAUUGGUGAUUUUAUAUCAUCUAGGACCGAUCACUAAUCAUCAAUGAGCGGGGCUCGGAUCGAUUUGGAACAGCACACCUAACGCCUGAUUAUUUCUUUGUGUUCAUGACGUCAGCAGCCGCGUGUGAUUAAUUAUCUUCCAAAUUGAGGCCGACGACUUAGUCGGUGGUGUGUGACGCCAUACAAGCAGCAGAAAGACGUGUGCGCGUGCGUCGCUCUGUGCACGCUUCACCUCCACGGGGAUGUUGCGCGAGCGAGCCUUCCUCAUCAGCGCGUGAACACAAGGAAGGAAGGAAGGAUGCUGCCGCUGACGGUCCGGCUCUGAUCCGGCACCGGACUGGACGUCGCGAACGCACACAAACACACACACACACAUACACAUACACCCUCCCAAAUCUGUCCCUUCAUCUCUCCCCUCACCUCCUCCUCCUCCCCGAUCAAUUAAUCCGCGUGUGAUUCACCCACAUCCUCCAUUACGCGCAUCUUUACGCACGCGAACGCAAGAGCAAAAACGCCAUCACCGCUGCGCAAAUCCACCCGUGCGUCAUGGAGACGACCAAGCUGCCUCCGUCCAGCCCGUCCUCGCCCACCACCAGCUUCUCGGUGCCCUCGGCGGAAAAGGUGGACGGGUUCCCGCGCAGGUCGAUGCGCAGAGCGCGCCAGAGGAGGUCCCACAGCUCGUCCCAGUUCCGCUACCAGAGCUCCCAGGUGGAGCUCACCCCGCUGCCCCUGCUCAAAGAUGCCCCGGUGGCAGAGUUGCACGACCUGUUCUGUAAGAAGCUGCAGCAGUGCUGUGUGCUGUUCGAUUUCCUGGACUGCGUCGCCGACCUGAAGGGAAAGGAGAUCAAACGUGCGGCUCUCAAUGAGCUGGUGGAGAGCGUGGCCACAAGCAGAGGUGUCCUCAUAGAGCCGCUCUACCCAGAGGCAAUAAAGAUGAUCUCUGUAAAUAUCUUCCGGACUCUUCCGCCCAGUGAGAAUCCAGAGUUUGAUCCUGAGGAGGAUGAACCAACGCUGGAAGCCUCUUGGCCACACCUGCAGCUGGUUUACGAGUUCUUUCUGCGCUUCCUGGAGAGUCCAGACUUCCAGCCCUCCAUGGCCAAGCGUUACGUCGACCAGAAGUUUGUCCUGCAGCUUCUGGAGCUAUUUGACAGCGAGGACCCAAGAGAAAGGGAGUACCUAAAGACCAUUCUGCACCGCGUCUACGGAAAACUACUGGGCCUCCGAGCCUACAUCCGCAAACAGAUCAACAACAUCUUCCUCAGGUUCAUAUAUGAAACUGAGCACUUCAACGGAGUGGCAGAGCUGCUGGAAAUACUUGGCAGCAUCAUAAAUGGAUUUGCGCUGCCUCUGAAAGCUGAGCAUAAGCAGUUCCUCAUUCGAGUACUCAUCCCGCUACACACGGCAAAGUCUCUUUCCAUCUUCCAUGCACAGCUGGCCUACUGUGUGGUGCAGUUUAUGGAGAAAGAUGCUACCGUCACCGAAUAUAUUAUCAGAGGGCUGCUGAAAUACUGGCCAAAAACCUGCACGCAGAAAGAGGUGAUGUUUCUGGGUGAGAUUGAAGAAAUCCUGGAUGUGAUCGAGCCGUCUCAGUUUAUCCGGGUCCAGGAGCCGCUCUUCAAACAGAUCGCAGCCUGUAUCUCCAGCCCUCACUUUCAGGUAGCAGAGAGGGCUCUUUACUUCUGGAACAAUGAAUACAUCCUCAGUUUGAUUGAGGAGAACUGUCAAGUCAUCCUGCCGCUGGUAUUCGCCACACUCUACAGAGUCUCCAAGGAGCACUGGAACCAGACCAUUGUGUCUCUGAUCUACAACGUGCUGAAGACUUUCAUGGAGAUGAACAGCAAACUGUUUGAUGACCUCACUGCCUCCUACAAAGUGGAGAAACAGAAAGAGAUGAAAAGGGAGAGGGAGCGAGCUGAGCUCUGGCGAACCCUGGAGGAACACCACGAGCGUCGGAUGCAGAUGAUCACAGAAGCUGCCAGAAACCAGCGCAACCUCAGGAGCGAGGUUGAAAGAGGGGAACCACCAAACCCUUCAUCCCCGCAGAUGGCACACUCCAUUCAGUCCGAGACCAAACCUAGCGGGGCCUCCUCAACCUCCUCUGGAGCUGGAAUCGGGGAGAGUGCCACUUAGGUGCCACUGAGCAGAGAUCAGACCACACAGGGGUUAAGGGACAGGGAGAAGAUAUGCCGUGCCAUGAAGGUGAAAGUGUUGGGCGGCCUCAGGCAGAAAAAGGUACAAAAUUAAAUUUAUACCUUGUAUCACUGUGGUGGUAGCUCACUCGGUUAUCCAAGGUAAAAACCUGCACCUUUUCCCUGGCCGCGUUGUGUGAAACUGUUUCACAUUUUUGCUGCAGAUCAGAAGAUGAAUAUCACCUGAAAAGUGCAGAUAAUAACUUAAAAUAAACAGGGUCAAAAACCAACAUGGGCUGCUGGCGUUGGGCUAAUGCUAACAAGGGUUAGCACAUGUCUAACUGCCAAGUCUGCACUGUGGCCUCGUAUUCAUCCUCUGGUCGAAAAUGCUUAUUUCUUGCAUGGAUAGCACAAUGCAUAAAUAAGCUACAGAAGCAGUUUCACACAAAAAAGUUCCCAAACUGUUGCAGCACAGACUCGAUUCACAAACCACACUCAGAUGCAGCUAUUACAUUUAUUGUAAAUAUGAAUAGACAGAGCCCCAGACAGA